GGGGGCCCCCCUUCGGUCCCGCGCGCUGUCUCGGCCAAGAUGGCGGCGGGGACGGCAGCGGCGGCGGCGGCCGUGGCCCGGCUGGAGGGCCGCGAGUUCGAAUACCUCAUGAAGAAGCGCUCGGUGACCAUUGGCCGCAACUCCUCGCAAGGCUCGGUGGACGUGAGCAUGGGCCACUCCAGCUUCAUCUCCAGGAGGCACCUCGAGAUUUUCACGGCCCCGCCCGCCCAGGCCGCCGCCAACAGCACUGCCGGCCCCGCCGCCGCCGCCGCCGAUGGGACCGGGCCCCAGCCCGAUGGUGCUGCCGCCGCCCCUGCCGCCCCUGUACCGUCUGGCGGCGGGGGCGAUUUCUAUUUGCGCUGCCUCGGCAAGAACGGCGUCUUCGUGGACGGGGUGUUCCAGCGCCGGGGGGCGCCGCCGCUGCAGCUGCCCCGAGUGUAAGUGCGGAGCGGAGAGGGAGGGACGACCGGGCGGUGCGUGCGAAGCGGACGGGUGGAAGGAACACGCGCUCCGGCGCCACUGUGACCUCCUUUUCUUUUCUUCUCUCUCUUUCUCCCCCCCCCCCUUUCCCCGUUCCCGGUGUGUCAGUCAGGGGGGCGUGAGAGAGGCGGGUUCAGGCCUCUCCGCCAGGCGCUCCGGAGGAAAGGGAGGGACGGCACCACGCCUUAAGGCUCUUUCUGGCCGCGGCACCCGGGCAAGGAGGCUUGAAGGGUGUCUGCAGCAAAGGAGCAGCAGCCGCACCUGAGCCCGGUUUCUUUUCUGCCCGGCUGGCGUGGGCAUCGCGCGUGGUCGCUCGCCCGGUUUCCUAGCGCUUUUUGGAGCCGUGAUGAUUUAUAUAUAUACCCCAGCCCCCCCCCCUCCACCACCGGGCGGUGUAUUUAUUUGGAUGUAACUCGUGUUGGUUCGAGGCUUAAGUCGUAAAGGCUGCACAGCCCUCGACCAAAUAACCCCUUUUGCCCGCAACGUUGAUCGGGGCGAGAGCCUCCUUUCAAGCCACGCACAUCUGUCAUCUUAUCGAUUUGUAUUUCCCCCGAUGCUACAGGAGGCUCCGUGUCUUCCAAGGGGAAAACGAAGCACUACAGACCUCCAUUCCGUGCUCUGAACAAGAAUGCCUGGUGAUACAAAAGCCUUGUGGCUAAAAUGUCACUCCGGGGUUUAAAAAUAAUAAUAAUAAUUCAGAAAGUGUGGUAUGGUUUAGAAAUGCGCUGCUUUGAAAUGAUAUCGAUUAGGAAAUAUUCAUGGAACAUCCUUUUUGAAACACAGUCGCUUUCGGAGGUAUUUAAAUAAUACUGCUUGUUAACCAAUUUUCUAAAUAAAAAAAAGCCCCAGCAACACUUGUUUUAAGUCAGCUCUUUUUAGGCACUUCAAUACUUUUUACCAUUGCUUAGUUAUGUUUCUGUGUAUAAUGCUGUAUUGUCAAUACAGUUAAAUGACUUGUUUGACCUCUGUCAACCGUGACUUCCAUUCAUACUGUUGGCAACGAUACAGAAAAGCAAAGCAAAUAGUCUGCUUUGCCUUGUUGAGUUAUUUUGUUGAAACUGAAAGGAAUCUGUUAGGAAGGCACAAAUACUGUACAUUGUUUUUAACCAUGGUUGUGCUUCAUGUACUUAAUAUACUGUAAUGUAAAAGAAAAAUCAGUUUUAUAAUGAGUGAUGGGAGCAGGUAACUUUUAAUUUUAAAAAUUGAAAUGAUACUUUCUCCUCCAAUCCACACCUGAUGAUUUGUCACUGUGAAUCUGAAUAUUCAUUUGUGAGGAAAAUUCUCUUAAGCAUUACAUUUGUGAACUUGGUCUGUUCAUUGUGAUUAUUUUGAGAGAAUACUUUAUUUAAUUUUGUAGCUUAAUGGGUUGUGAUAGUUUUCAGAAGACCUUACAAAUCUAGGAAUAUAGGAAGUCAGGUAACACGUGGUUUGAAAUAAGACUGCUCUGUGUUUACAUCUGUUAUUGUCAUGAUUUCCUUCAGUGCAUUAUAUGCACAAAUAGCAAGCCCCCCCCCAAAAGUUGGGAAAGUUCAAAGUCAUUAAAUGGUUAAAUCACCCUCAAGGAAAAAAAAUGCUGUUUAAAAUGUUAAUUUCAGGAUGUAGCUAGCUGUGUUAGUGACAUGUCACAGCAUUCCAAUCUGUGGUGUGUCUGAGAAUGGUGUAACAUAGUUCAUCACCUACACUGAGUUACCAUUUGCAAAAGAAUUUUUGAAAUAAUAUGCAAAUGUUAAGACUGAUUCCGUUUUAAGCAGCACACUGAUAAUGCUAUAUUUAUGUGAAAUAACUAGUUAUUAACUUAUAAUGUGUAAUUAUGUGGAAUUUACAGCUGAUUUUAUUGUCAAUAGUUUAUUUGAGAUUUUCAUCUUUCUUUCUUUCUUUCUUUCUUUCUUUAACUCCCUCCACCCCAAUAAACUUGAUUCCAAAUGUAUUUAAUUGGAUACAAGCCUUGGUGAUUUCAGUCAAAAUUUCAAGUAGAUGGACUUAGAAUAAAAUCAAGGUCUGGUCCAGUAACCUGGUGUGUGAUUAGUUAUGUUCAUCUUGAACAGCUCAGCCUGUGUGCAAUUUCCUUGUUUGAUCCUUUCAUCACUUUUAAGCAGUUUUCUAGCAUCUUUCUGUUACUCAUAGUGGAUUGAGGGCAAUAGGCAAAACAAUAAAACAUUGAAAGUCUCUUAUGUGGUACUGGACAGACUUGUAGAAUAUUGUAAAUAAUAAGAGAUCUUAAUCUUGUUUAACUUCAGAAUGAGUGCUUAGGUAAUCUUGAGAUCUGCUUACCAAGGGACCUGGAGUGAAAUUCCACCCCACUGAAGUCAGUUAGGAGCUUUGCCAGGGUUUCAUCAGUGGUGUUUACUUAGACUUUGAAAAAGCCUGUUUAGCUAUGAGUAGUUAGUCCAGCUUUCAUUUAGGCUCAACAGCUUUUAAUGUCUUUAUAUCUUGAUGCUGAAAAAGAGUGUGCUUACAAAUAUUGGUGGUUUGAUCAAAACUUAUUUUCAUUUCAGUAGGAAAGUUAAGCUCAUGUUUCAGCUUGUAGAAUCAAAUCCUUUUAUAAUGUGAAGGCAUAUAAAGAAACCUUGAAUUCUGUUGCCAAGAAAUAAGGUUUUUACAAAGUUGUAUGACAUAGAUCUUGUUUAAAUCUAAUAAUCAUUGGUUUAAAAACUAUGAAAAUGGAGCUUGAAUAGCUUAGCUGUGCAAGAGUUCCAAAUUAUGUUUUGUGGCUUGCUUCUUACCAUGUUUACUUAGAAAUAACUCCUGGAUUUUAAUUCUCGUUACUUCUAGUCAUACAGCUCAUUUUGCAACUUGUGCACAGUGCAAAGCAAUGUUUUACAUUAGUGUACUACGCACUUGAAGUCUCUUUGUAGACAAGCAAUCCUGCUUUGAGAUUCAGUUUAAAGUGACACAUUGUAAAUUUAUUGUGAACUAGGGAGCUUUAAGUUAGCUUGUAUAUUUUUCAUAUGUUACGUAUCUGAAAUUCACAUUAACCUUCUGUGUUACAUUCCAUGUUUGGGGGUUUUUAUUUUUUUGUUGUUCCACCAAUCCUUCUUUUUUCUUGGGAGUUUUUGGUCUGACACUCAGAGAUUUGACCUUAAUUAAUGUUAUGGUUGUCCCACACCCUAAAGAAGGUAUAGUAAAAAUCUAUUUUGUGACAUAUUGGUUAGCAUAUUGGGCUAACUCAGUUGCUUUUACUCUUUAUAGUAAAAAUACUUAUUUUCAAAUGUGUAUGCUACCAAUGAGUAGCCUGGAAUUGUUCUAUCUGCCGGAAUACUAGCAGAAAUUGAUAAUGGAGAUAGUUAGCUAUGAGUUACAUGUAUCCUUAUCGUGGUUACAUAGCAGGUUUUGUUUAUCUUAAACAGAAAAUUUUGAUUCAGACUGUAACUAGUUGUUUUACACACAAGCCGUGGUGUUUAUCUUGCUUAGUGUUUGUGUUUUGAGGAAGCAGUUUGUAUACUGGCAAAUCCCCAAUCUGACAAAUCCCUAUUGCAAAUUCAGGUGUUUUCCCUCCUCCUGUUUGGAUACCUUAGAAACCCAGUAUUGGCCACUUAAAAUAAUUUUUAAAAUUUGCUCAGAUUAAUUUUUCAUAGCAGUUAAGUCAGCUUAGAAAUAAUAAAAUUUUAAAACACAGCUUGGGGUGUCUUCAUUCUAGGUUUUGAAACUAUAGUUUAAAACAUAGAAAGAUGGAAGCCUUCUUUCAAUCCAUAUACAUAUCUAAAAUGUGUAAGUAUUGAGAAGUAUGGUAAGUAGUUGUUGACUGCACAGCAAAAGUUAAGGUGGAGGCCUUGCAGUUAAUAGGUAUACACAUUGAUCACUUUUCUAUUUAUAAAUGAAUUGUUUAAAGUUGUAUCCUUUAUUGCUCAAGUGGCCAACCUGUGGCUCAAGUAGCAGACAUCUGCACACCUGGACAGGAGCAGAAAGAUUGCAAGUGUGAUUAUGCCAUAUGCACUCCAGCCAGCUUCCUCUUUGCAACAGUUUCUCUGUAGUUUAGAAUCAAAAUUAUAUUGGAGUCCAGGAGGACUGCAUCUAUUCAUUAGUGUGUAAUAGAGUAGCACUCUCUUAUACUGUGAACUGGACUUUUAGACACACUUGCCCCAAAGGUUGGCUAUCACUGCUUUGAGCAUUAGUAAUAAAAACAUGAAUGAUUGAUAUCUAUUGACUGCUGUAGAAUUAACAUUAGAUAGAGAUUGGGAUCUCAAGUUGCAACAUGGCGGACAGCACUUCUGCUUCCCCUCAAUUUUUGUCAGUUCCCUGUUGCUGUCCAGAUGUAAUACUAUUCCAGAGGCUUCCCCAGUGCUUAGGAGUGGAUUUUCAGAUGGUUACAAAGCUGUGGUCCAAGUCAGACUAUAUAUACUGUUAUGUGUAGUCUUCUAGUAGAAAUAAGAAACUGGUGUUCCAUGUUUCAGUCUCUAAAAUAUUGUGUGCUUAUACAGUACAUGUCUUCAGAAUAAACACACAUUUCUGGAAUAAAAGAAUGAUGUCAAUGAUUGCUUCUUGGUUUUGAUGGUAUUUAUUUGAAGUUUCAGUGAUGUGUUGUGUCUUUAGGAGUAGUUAUCACUUUAAAUACAUGCAAACGUAUACAUUUAAGCAGUAAAUACAAAUAGCAAUAAUAUUUUCAUAAUAAGGAGUCUUUCAAGAACAAUAAUAUUUAGAAAUGCUUAGCUUAAGAUGUACCUCCUUCAGACGAAGAGUCUCUACCCUGCUUCGUUUAAUCCAGUUCUAUACUGUAGACAACUUCUGAUUUAGCCCUUACUAGCAUGUCUGUUCAAUAUUGUAUGUAAACAAACUGACCUGAGUCGGUUUAUGAAUUAUUAGCUUCCAAAUUCUGUUCAUUGAGAAAAGGAAUAGGCACAAUUGCCAGUGAAUCACUAAUAAAUCUUACUAUACUGUGGCAGAUUUUUAAAAUUUGGUUCCUUCUGAGAUAAGAUUUGUUUUGGUUCAACAUAGGUAGUAUGAACAGAGAAUUCUAAUCUUGUGAUAUAGUAAGCCAUAGAACCUCUAGGAGGGAUUGCUUAAGAAUUUGAAGAAAGGUUCAAUUUACUACUUGUCUUGGGGUCAAACCACCUGUUAAAUGGGAAAUCCAUGUCUGAUUUAUUAAAUGUUUUUAAAAAUGAAAUGAAGCUGCAGGGAGCUUCUAAUUUGCCCCCAACUCCUAUUGGAUAAACAGCAGUGAUGGGUUUAGGAGUGGGUAUUAUGAGAAAAUUACGAAGGGAAGAUUUAAACACCCCUUUGAAAGAACACACAUGCUACUCUAUACAAAAUGAACUUACAACUACAUUUCAGUUAAAAAAGAAAAAUCAAUCGCAAAAAUCCAGUAUAAAUGUGUAGCUUGACUCUUAACAAAUACAAUGUAGGAUUCCCAAAGAGUAGUACAUCAAUAAGUUUCUAAUACAGGAGAACAGAAACCUUUAUCAUGCUGAAAACAGAAACAGCUGGUGAUAGCCUCUUGCUCUUGAACAUUAGACACUUACAGAAGGCAAGAGAUCUGAUCUAAACCCAUUAGUGAAUACUCUGUUUAAAACACUAGGCAUCAGUUUUGUUCCCAAGACAGAACAGCAUGUGUAGAACAGCAUUGGUGUUCAACUGCUAUAAACAAGAUCAAAAACUUGUAACAGACUAUGAAUCCCAUGGAAUAACUUCUGCUGUGCAUCAACUAAAAUGUAGUUACUAAAUAGUAAAAAAAAAUAUGCUUUUACUAUUUGACAUCUGGCACAAUUCAUAGGAGAUGCUUGCUGGUUAAUACAUUGCCAUUGCAUGUAUUCUACAAACUGCAAUAACUGACUUCUGUGCCCUUUCAUAUGCCACUUACAUUCUAAGCAUAUGAAGAAUACCGGUAGAUGUGACUUCAAGGGUGUGCUAUAAUCAAUCUGAGUCCAGUGGAUUUCAGUUCAAGAGUAUUUUCCUAAUGGUAACUGAACAAGUUUCUUUUAAACAGUUUUAAACAGUUCCUCAGAAGAAACUGCUUUAGUUGUUCUAAGGUAAAGCUCUUCUGACUUAAAAUGCAUUGGGCAUCAUUGUGCACCUUGAGGUCUUUUCUUCUCGUGGUUUCCUGUUCUGGUGCCUCCCUGUCUUCCUUUUGGUUUAUUUAGUUUUUCAUUCACAGUAUAGUUUAAACCUCUAUUUACUUUCUUUCUUAUACAAUAUAUCAAUCUGUUAUCGGGAUCCAGAAGACUCAUUUUCAGCUUCUAACUAUAAACAAAUAUUAUGAGCUUCCAAUUUUCAAAGACAUAUGGUAAAUUGGGACCCCACAAUAUUAAUUUAAAUUCCUUAUUGUGCUAUCAGAGAGCCCUGGAGGAGAAAACAAAAGAGAUGCAUUGGUGAAGCACUGAGUUCUAACAGGAAAUAAAAUAAAACAGAAAACAAAAGAUACCUAGUUGAAAUAUUACAUAGUAAAUAUUGUAAUGGAAGGGACCCAAUGUAUCCCAGUAGCCUAACAGAGUCCCACCCGCUCAAAAAGUAUUAUAAAUAAGAAACCAGUGUUACAGGGUUGCACUAUAAGAGUGUUAACUAAGUCAUGAUGAAGGCAGCAUGGAUUGUAAAGUGAUUCAGGUUUUGCUAAGAUGUUUUGCAAAUACAGUGGUGCCCCGCAAGACGAAAGCCUCGCAAGACGAAAAACCCGCUAGACGAAAGGGUUUUCCGUUUUUCGAUGCACUUCGCAAGACGAAUUUCCCUAUGGGCUUGCUUCACAAGACGAAAACGUCUUGCGAGUCUUGCAAUUUUUUUCGCUUUCCCCCCCUUUUUCUAAGCCGCUAAGCCUUUAAUAACCGCUAAACCGCUAAUAGCGCUAAUCCGCUAAGCCGCUAAUAGGGUUGCUUCGCAAGACGAAAAAACCGCUAGACGAAGAGACUCUCGGAACGGAUUAUUUUCGUCUUGCGAGGCACCACUGUAUUUCAAAGUGCUGCUGGGGUUCACAUCAACCCUAUUAACAUACAAGGGUGGAGGAUAAGCUACAGAUGAUCACCUUACUUAAUCUAUUGUGGGUAAUGACUGAGGCUACUAAUGCUGGAUCGGUGUCAUAAAACAAAAUUGGGGCAACAAAAGCAGCAGCAGGAAGUGUUACUAAAAGGAGGAACUUGGAUUUUUGUUGAUGCUUGUAGCUGGAUCCUGAAAAUUAUAGGAGAGGUUACAUGAUGGCAGCCUUCACUGUAGCUCUGCCCAUUGCACUAUGUCACAUAACAUGAGCAGAAAUUUUCUGUUAAAUACAAUAAAUAGCAUUGGCAACUAUAGUCCCACUUAGUUUUGCACACACUUUCAUAGAUGUGUUUGUGUUGUUUCUGGUAAACAGAAACUUUGUAAACAGAGCUUGUAAACAAGCAUGAGUGGUAAUAUAGUGGCAGCAUACUUCUUUUCUCUUUCCAUCAAAUUAAUUUUUCUCUCCAGUUACUCUUUAGAUUGGUGGGGAUAUACCUGUUGACUUUAGUUUUGCUGGGCUUGCCUCUCUGUCUUGGAAUGACUUGCAGCAUUGCAUGGGAGGAGUAGACAUUGACAUUCACAUAAUAAUCAGUAGAUGACACACAGACUGCAUAGUGAAUGAAGAGAUAAUAAUUAUUAAGCUAUUUUUGUAGUCAUUGUAGUUUCCCUCCAAAGAAGAAAAUAGUGAUUCUGGUUUGGGGUGAUUUUGAAAGGAGAAGCUGUUGAAUCUGCAUCUUAUCUCAACAUUCCUUAUGCAGUCCUGGGUUUCUAUUUAUAGAUAGCAUGCUAUAAAGGUAAAGGUAGGUAUUGCUACUUGCUAUCAACUCUGUGAAUACUAUAACAAAAAUGUAGACACAAUUUUUAUUUCCCUAUUUGCAUUUAUAUAUCACCAAACUUCCAUGCAGGUACUGGCCUCACAUGUCUUCAGACCAUACUUUGCGGACUUCUCCCUAACGUGUUUGCUUCUGUAUAUCUUGAAAUCUAUAGUUUCAGUUGUGUGAAAGCAACAACAUUCUGAUGAUCACAUACUGAAUUUUGCAAAUUCAAAGAGCAGUUUGUUUUGUGGAAUGCAAGUCUGUUUAAGCUUGUUUCAAUAAUCCAAGAAACUAUGUAGCAUGAUCCUAAGCAUCUUGAUUCAGAAACAAAGUCCCACUGAGUUCAAUGAAGCCACAUUUACAUUUCUUUCCUCCAGAAAAACUGUUAUGUUUAUGUUUUUAAAAAGAAAUCAAUUUCUUUUUUCAGACUGUCAGUUUGGAAAUUUGGGAUACAAUGUUAUGGUGUUUCUAUUCCUAUCUGAACAGCUAGUUCUAGAAAGUGGGGCUGAGGUGCUACAGCUUGGUUCAAGGACAUUUAUGUUAUAGGGUCCUGCAGGGUUCCAUCUUGUCCCACAUGCUGUUUUAUAUAUUAAGUGCCAUCAAUAAGUGAGUGAAACCCAGCACUACUUUCAUUUUCAGCUGAUUCAAGGAAGGCAAUGUAAGUACCAGAUCAGCAUCUGGGUUUGAUUAUAGACUGAAUGAGAGUCAAUAAACAAUCUCGGAGGAAUUCAAUGUUGUUUGCCAAGUGGAACAACCCCCCCCCAUUUGUUGUUCUCCUGACCCCCAAGAGCUGGUUUUGGGGUCUUGAGGGGGGGGGAGCCUCAUUACUUUACUGGUACUCAUUGUGCUGGCUGAAACUAAUAUGGUCCUCAGUCUAGAGAAGAUGGAGGUGCUGUUGGUAGGUGAUUCAUUUGUCCAGUUUAGUGAUGUAGAAACUGUUCUGGGUGAACUUUCCCUUCUUCUGAAAGAGCAGGUUUGUGUUCUGGUCCUCCAUCCAGCUUUGUAACUGGAGAGGCAGGGGCACAGAGUGCCUUACACAAGUUUGAAUUCUUCCUGUACAGAGGGAAUCUAGCUCAGUUAACUAUGCCUGGCAACCUCCUGGUUAGACUAUCACAAUGCAUUAUACAUAACAUUGACUUUGAAGAGAAUUCAGAAACUGCUGUUAGAGCAAAAUACUGCUAUGAGAGUGCUAACUGAAAACCAGGUGUUGGGGCUGAAACCUUGUUGAUGCUGAGACAUAUAUCUGGUUCCCUGUCCUUACUGGACAUGAGUCAAAGUACUGAUGCUUACCUUUAUUCAAUAUGAGCAUGCUCAUGCCUUAAGGUCAUCAUUAAGGUCCUUUUUGGGGUAGUUCUGCUGUCACUGAUGCAGUAGGUGGCAACUGGAGAAUGGGUUACUUUUGUGCCCUGUUCAAUGAAUCACACCUCCAGGGAAGCUUGACUUGUGCCUAUCUUCAAUUGGAGCAAAGGCCCUUUUGUUUUCCUGAGUGUUUAAAUAUCAUUUUAAUUUUGUUUAUUUGCCUACCGUGUCUGGAUUUUUAUGGUGCUGUCCCUGGUUGUUUGCUUUUAUUAGCUUAUUAGGCUUUGUCUGAACCCAGACAAAUAUUGGUUAAUCUUAACUAUAAUCUCUUGGAACUGAACCCUACAUAAGAUGUCCAUCUGUAUUUCUUAACAGAAUGUAGAUGGUGUCACUGAUUUUUUUCUUUAAAAAAAUAACAAUUGAUUUCCUCAUUUGUUUCAACAAGUUGUCAUUAAGAUAAAUGUAAGCACUGUUUACUUGAAAUUUCGAUUGUUUUUUGCUAAGUAAUUUUACAUUCUCUACUUGGAUUCUCAUGUUAAACCUUGGAUAGUUCUCCAGUGAGUACCUUGUACCUCUCUAACAUAAAUAAGUUAGACACAUACAACCCCCUUUUCUGGGGCAGCCUAAAGCUUGGCUCAUUGACUGUACUAUAUGCUUGGUUAACAUUAACCAUAAGUGCUUAGAUUCUUGCACACCAAUCCUUCGUAUAGACAGCAGUUUGAGGUACUGAAUGUAAGUCUUUGUACCAUCUUAGAGGUACAAAGCUGCCAUUUCAGCAAGGUAGGACUUUAUCCUUUGCCAGCCACACUUCCAGUCAGCUGCAUUUUGCCAUUGCCACACUAGCAGCACACCUGCUGGUGUGGAGGUCUAGCAGGGAAGGAAGCAGGUUCUUGUGCUUUGGUUGAUAUCAUCUGCCUCAUAAAGCAGUGAUUCUCCCAAUGUGGGCUUGGCCUGGAAAAAGUGUCAAGACAUGGGUGGAUUUUUAUGUUUGAUGUUAUAUUGUGUUUUUAUAUUAGAUGGAAGGCGCCCAGAGUGGUUGGGACAACCCAGUCAGAUGGGCAGGGUACAAACUAUUAGUAUUAGUAUUAUUGGUAUUAUUAAUGCUAGAAGAGCUUUUAGAGGAUUCUCCCUGGAUUUGUGAGGAUGGCUGCUUCUCCUCUGACUGCUUUGAUGACCUGCUUUGUUCUAAUGGUGUUCUAUAUAUGGUUUUAGGACAGAGAUAGCCAGUGUGGUGCAUUCCAGAUAUUGUAGACUACAGUAGUCAUAAUCUCUUACCAUUUGUGCCAUGUAGCUGUGGCUGAUGGGAGUUGGAGUCCAAAACUUUUGGAGGGCACCACAUUGCCUGUUUCUGUUUUAGGAAGUAUCAGAUAUGGCUUGCUAUCUUUUCUAAUGCUAGUAAUCAGUUAGUUCUGCAGUCCGCAGAUUUUUGUGAACACCAGCAAGUUGCAUGUACAUUACUGUAUGCAAGGAUCUCCGCACACCCAGCUGUGGAACAGACUUAAUAAUGCUGGAUUUGGGGUGAGGGUAGAAUACAGAAUAAGCUCACGAAGGUGGCAUAAGCUCAAGGUUUGGGAGACACUGGCAUAGGACUUGAGAGGCUAUUGAAAAUGAGUGGUUCGUCUGCUCUUAUUGUCAGGCAUUAAUCAGAUUUCAGUGGGGCAGGUUUUAAGUACAGUAUGUCAAAGUAGCAAAUCUGCAGGGAAAUGUCCAAAAUGAUGUGCUUAGAAAACUGUUGAAAAGUAGAUGCUCUUAAUAGUUAAUCUGAAGAAUGCUUAGGUGCACUGCUUCAUGGGUUGUUAAGUUUAAGUGAUAUGCUGAUCUUGUUGGACCAUAUGCUGACUGGGCUUGUCUAGGAGAGUGUGGAACUAAAAGGUUACAGAUUAAUUAGGCCGUAACCUGUGCUGUAUAUUGCUGAAAACAACACUGCUUUGUUGUUAUGUUGGCUACUGCAGCAGCUUGCAUCAUUCAUAGAUUCCUCCUCCUUCAGAAGUAAGAGUGCAUACAAUGUACAAUUCCAUGAAUUGAACAGUGUGUUUGUUUGAUUUGAUAUAUCUCAUUUUGUAGUAAGAAAAGGCUCUCAAAAUGGCUUGCAUAAGAUUUGCACAAUAUAGUCACAUUAUAGAAUCGCAGUAUUUUGAAGUAUAGUCCAUGUUUUUAAUUUUAUUGUUCCCUUCAGAAGCUACAGUAAACAUGUCUAAAUAAAACAUUGGACUAGAUGGAAUUAGCAUCAAGAGUUAGAGCAGAUGAGCCUACCAGCCUAUGUCCUUGGCUUCUUAUGUUCCCAUUUUAUACAUGCAUUGGAAGUUGGAUGGGGAGAAUUAUGUUUGGUCUAGCAUUUCAGAGUGAACCAGCCUAUUUUGCCAUUCUUUCACUGAUACAUGAAUCAGAACACUGCAUACUUUGCCAUAUUUUGCAGUGCAGUUUUGGUUCAGAAAAAUACACACAAAAUGCAUAUUGUCAAUGCAUUUUAGUGCAGUUUUUUUUAAAAAAAAGAAUGGACUUAUGAUUGAAUACAUAUGAAAGUGAUACUGACUGGAAAAAGACUGAUCUUUCAAUCACUAAUUGAAAGGCGCUCAAGGCAGGCAUCCCAAACUAAGCAGGUCUGGAUCUGGUUGGUGGCUGGAUGGGAGACCAUUUGAAAUCUGAUGUGUUCAUUAUUUUUUAAUUAUUAUUUAUUUCAUUUGUGAACACUUCCCAUGACACACCCCAAAGCAAUUUACAAUACAAUAAAAACAUGUGGAGCAAUUGCUUGUAUAAAACACACCAGAACCGUUACAUGUAUAAAACUUUUAUUAUAAAACUUUUAUAAUAAAAGCAAUUAAAACCGCAUAUAUAUAAACAAUUUAAAGCACCAGCAGAUACAUAAAAGCAAUUUACGUCCAAUACGGGCAGAACCUGGCAGCAGCAGAAGCUGGGAGAGAGACAUGCUUGAUUUCUGCUAGAAUCCAAGCCUGUGACUAGGGGAGAAACAAUAAAUUUUGGGGUGUUGUUAAUGCUGUAAGCCUCUCCAGCUUAUGUUCAGGUUGCAUAUAUGUGUAAAUAAACCAAAUACCCUAAAGACACCGCAGUCUCUGCUGUCUCUUAUUUCCAGGAAACCAAGCCUUGGGUAAGUGCAUGGAACCCCUGCCUGGAAUCUCUCACUGCUUGAAAAUUAGGGUAGUAUAUAAUAGUAUUUCCUUCUUCUUCAUUUUAACGUAUCUAUAUGGGUGGUUGGUUGGUUGGUUGUAAGUUGCUUUGAGAUGCCUUUGGCAAGAAAUAGUGGCUGAUCACCAUUUUUUUAAAAGAUAAAAUACAGAUACCAAAAGGAAAAAAGUCUUCUCUCAGAUGACUUUUUGAAUAAUGAAUGCCUUGUAUGUAUGUCAUACAUGGAAAAAAGGUGGGAUAUAAAUAAUGUACUCUCCAAAUCACAGUAAACACAGCCACAUUAUCUCAGUAUAUAGCCUUAAUUUUGUGUUCAGGUGAAGAUGCCAAGUUAUAUGCACCCUUCAUACUCCUAAAAACAUCUGGCUUGUUGUCUUCUUUUUGGUAUUAUGAGAACUUUUCUGACAGAAAAAAGUGUUUAUCCAGAAAUUUAGUCAAAACUUACAAGUGGUUGCUUGAAAUGUAUGCUGUUGAAUGGUGUGAUGUGGGCUAAAUGUUACUACACCAAAGAGACACCUACCUGCUUGCAUAUGAAUGAAAAGUUGGGUAAGUGUCUAAUAGAAGGGCACAGCUUUUUGUUUGUUGACCUUCUCACAUGGAAACAUAGAUACUUACAGUGGUUAUAGAAUAGAAAAUCCUUUUCUGCUUACAAUAUGAAUUAAUUUAACAGCAGGAAAUAAUAAUAAACUGAAAGGGGGAAAGUUGGCUUGAUUUUGAAGCAACUGUUCUAUUACUUCAAAGUGGCGUAAGUUGUUUAAGAUGCUGAAACAGCCAUUUAUAAAUCUGAAGCAAGUGUAGACAUGCAGUCUUCUUCCAGACAAAUUAUAUUCAUUCAUGUUCUUAAGGUUGAAGAUGAAAUUUAGAGACCACACAACCAGUCUGUGUUUAGCUUUUGUGUUGAAAGAUGCCAAAUACUUAAAAGUGCAGCAUUUCCAUAGGCAGAGUUUCUUUUGUACUCGCAGACGAUGGAGCCUCAAAUUCCAGAGGCAUUACAUGGGUAGUUUUAAUGAAUUAGUGUCUGGUUUUCCUGCAGCUGAUGUGACAAGCAGCUUUAUAAGCUGCUUCCCAUCGAUCCCUGCUUUCCAGCUCUUUUGUGUCUUCUGCUUGGAGGAAAACGAUGAAGAGCUUGGUUUCUACAGUAACUACUGCCUGCAGGCAGAUUUCUUUCAGGGUUCCUUUCAGUCUGUGCAAGGAUGCUGUGUUUGGUUUCUUUAGAGCUCUUUUCUUUGGUAGCCUUGGAGGUUUAAAUUUUAUAUGGUUUAAUGUUGCAAAGUAUGGUAGGAUUUGUAAUUGGCAAGUGAAGUAUGUUUUCCAGAAGUGGCUUCAAUUGGUGUUAGUUGCUGUUGGCCUGAAAUUAUUUUUAUUGAAAAAUUGCUAUAAGCUAAACUUGUGGGGUGUCAAUGCUUGUAAAAAUAAAUACAUAUAGUGUAGGGAGGAAAUUUGGUCCAGUCUAUGGAGGAGUUGGUUGUCCAUCUUAUUUUCAGUCUAAAUAAGAACUCUGUUGGAUCACUCCAACUCUCCAUCUAGUCCAGCAUUCUGCUUCCAGAGGCCAGAUGUUUCUAGGAAGCUCACAGUUAGGGCUUCAGUUAGGGCUACCCUUCCCUGCUGCCUGUCCUCAACAUCUGGUAUAGUGCCUCUGAACCUGAGUCCGUUUGCUUGUCAUAGAAUCAUAGAAUUGUAGAGUUGGAAGUGACCCUGAGGGUCAUCUAGCCCAACCCCCUGCAAUGCAGGAAUCUCAACACAUGGUCCCCCAUCCCAUUUGAAACCGUUCACAACCCUGCUGGUUUUGCAAAUGUGCUAGCAGCUUUAUUGUUGCACCACUAGGAAAAUAUAGCUAAUAUCUUUUUAUAGACUUCACUUCCACGAUUUUGUCUUAAUUCCCUUUUAAAGCCAUCUGACACAGUAUUACCAUUGCCGUAGUUAAGCACUGUGAAAAGCACUGUCAUCCAUCUUGAACCUACCCUGAUUCACUGAGUAACCUAGAGUUCUAGUACUAUGAGAAGGAGAUUUUUUUGGGGGGUGGGGUAUGCUUUUCAUUAUUUGUUACCUUCGUAGGUGUUCCAAUCACUGGAUUGUUUUGGUUUCUGAUUUCUGUACCUUUGUAACUGUGUAAUAUAUAUUGGAGAUAUCCUUUGAAAUAUUCAGAUAAGAAAGCUAUUUUGUGUGAAUGUGUAUGUAUUUAUAUUAUUGACUAAUGUGGAUAACGAUUAAUUAUAGCUUUAACAAACAAAGUCUAUGUCCCUGAAAGAGCAGAUUUCAAAAUGUAUCAGGAAUAAAGAACACAGCAUUUCUAUACAGUUAUUUCUUCCUCCACCCCAUGACAUUCAACUGUUUGAAGCAGCCCCUGGUUGUCAGAGUUAUCUCAGCUGAACAAGUUGGUUGGAAUCCUGCCAUACUGUAGGAUCACAACUUGCACACAUUUAACUUGCACAAUCACAGUUCUAUGCGCUUGGCAACUGGCCAGCUGAUAUCACACAAAUUAAAUGCAUGCGAGGCGGAGAGUUUAAAAGCUGUAAGAUUUUUCAUGUAGAAGUGGUUCUAGGGGGUUGUUCUGACUAGAUGUGAUUUCAGUUUUACACACUACCCCUCCACCCAGAAUAUAACAUACACACCCCAAGACGCUAUGUACUGUAUUUUGAAAUUUUCUCCAGAAACUAGAGAAAAGGACAGUAACCUAAAAAAAGAAAGAAAAAGAAGAGUUCUUGAGGUUUUUAAUGUAUGCCCUUUUAUGAAGUGUGGAUCGUUUCCUAACCAAUUUUAGGUCAGUGUGUAGGACUAAGGCUUUUGAUUCAAACCUAGCUUUUCAUGAUACUAUGCUAUUUCUGUGAAUGCUAGUUUUGGUCUUUAUAUGUGUGUUUAGUUCUCUGUGUUAAGACUUUUUAGAAACUGCAAAUAGUAAUUGCUCAUUUUGUAACUUGAAAUAACACUUUACAAUUAACAUUUUAUUAGAGUAAAGUAAUACUGAUGAAAUUAUGCAAAUAAAAAUUUAUACUCUUCCAAUUAAUAAGUGCAUUUUGUUUUUAUUUUGCAGAUGUACAUUCAGGUUUCCCAGCACAAACAUCAAGAUAACAUUUACAGCUUUAUCCAAUGAAAAAAGAGAAAAACAGGAGUCCCCGCAGUCCCCAGUGAAACCUGUGCAACCCCAGAUCUCUCCCCUAACAAUAAACAUUCCAGACAACAUGGCUCACCUGAUCAGCCCUCUCCCUUCUCCCACAGGAACCAUCAGGUAUUUAGACAUUGUGAUACUGCAUGCACAAUUAAUAUAGGACCACAGAAUUUAAUACGAAGUAAUACAUCACUUGAAGUUUUCAUUUGUGCAAUAAUACCUGGAGCUCAGCUCAACUUGGGAAUAAACUGUAGACUUGCACGUUCUCUUCAGCCGCCUAAUUGUGCUGGUCUUACUUGAAUUUACAGUACUAUGGAUUGCUCAAGGCCAAACUAGAGGUGAUGGUUUCAGACACAUAUUUUUCAUUGUGGGUUUGCCCCAAUUAUAUAUAAAGUAGGUAAGAGAGGAUGCCCUUUGCUUACCUUGAUAGUACGCCCAUGGGGCAAGACAGUACCAUGGAAAGCUCCAAGUGAGCAAACUAACUACAAAAGCUAGGAUUGAACUAAAUCCUUUUAUGUCUGCAGAUCAGCUUCCAAAGCACUUUCUCUUCCUUAAGGUGUAGAAGACCUUAAAGCAGCAGGACUCUUAGCUUGAAGCCCAGCAUUCUUCCUUUUCCACUCAUAACACUUUUCUCUGGGCUAACUGCCUGUAGUGAUGGGUGGGCCAACAUGGUGAUUUGGGUUCCUGUCAUGAAGAGAGUUACUUCCUUGGGUGGGUUCAGGCUUUUGAGCUUCAGGCUCUGGAGGAUCCAAGCCAAGUAUUUCUGGUUCAAGGGUUCAGAUCUAAACCACUGUGGCCUGGGCCAGUCUCCAGCACCUUUACUUUUGGUGCUGCUAGUUUGAUGGAUUAGGAAGACGCUAACAAGAGUGUGGGUGCUGACAAAUGGUUCAAUUUUAAGAGGAAGAGAGGCAUGCUGGUGAGUGGUCUGAAUACCUUCCAGGAUCACUUAACUUCUUGCAGCCACUACCCUCCAGUGCUUUUUCUCCCAGCCAGGCUUGCUUCUGCUACUGGAGCCUGGCUGAGAGAACAAUUGGAAUGGUUGAGAGCAGGGAGUUUUAACGGUGGAAAUGGAAGGAAGGUUCUGCAGUUCCCACUCACAUGCCCCCUUUGCUCCUAAACUACAUGAUUGGGGGAAAUCUGCAUGUAAAAGGAGAGGUCUGCUGCUGUUGUGUCUAGUUUGGCUUUCAAUAUGUGAGUGUUUAGAAAUUGUCAGACUUGGAACAUUUUGUGAACCAAUGAUUCAUACCUGCUGGGAUUCCUGGGAAUAUUAGAUUGAGUUUAAGAACCAUGAUAAAUGUUGACUAUGUAGUAACCUAAUACAGUGGUGCCUCGCAAGACGAAAUUAAUCCGUUCCGCGAGUCUCUUCGUCUUGCGGUUUUUUCGUCUUGCGAAGCACGGCUAUUAGCGGCUUAGCGGCUAUUAACGGCUUAGCGGCUUAGCGGCCAUUAACAGCUUAGCGGCUUUAAGAAAAAGGAAACAAACUCGCAAGAACUCGCAAGACGUUUUGUCUUGCGAAGCAAGCCCAUAGGGAAAUUCGUCUUGCGGAACGACUCAAAAAACGGAAAACCUUUUCAUCUUGCGCGUUUUUCGUCUUGCGAGGCAUUCGUCUUGCGAGGUACCACUGUAGCUGGUUUUAUAUGGGUGGUGGGCAUGCUCAAAGUCACUUAACAACAUGGACCAUCUCUCUAAUAAGCCAUCUUUAUUUAUUUUGUUUGAAGCUUAUACAUAAUUUGUUAAGUUGUAUUGAUAAUUCAGUUAAUUAAAAUGUGGGAAAAUUCAUCUGAUCUUUUUUAUAGCAGCUAUCUUUUUUGCCUCUAAUAAGUGCUCUAUCUCUAGUAGGGAAUGGUUGACUAAGAUGUGAAAAAUUGCUGAGACGAAAAGUCUUAACAGCACAAAUGCAAAGGUGUUUCUGUUUAUAUAAUGGUCAGCCAACACCUCACAAACAGGUGUUUCUGUUGUGUUGACUAUCUUAAUCUCUAUGAAUUCAGUUAAGCAAUUGCAUGAGUCAAACAACACAACUGAACUUCUCCGUCUUCCCUGUACCCCCAAAUCUACUCUGGAGAUUUGAGGGGGAAGCACAUGGGGGAGGAACGGAAGGGAAAUUCCACUGUGUCAUUCUGUUUAAGCAGUGACUUAGUUGGAUGCAAUGCAAUGCUGUGUUUUAUGGUAACACUUUCAAAAAGAAAAUACUAAAAUCAAAAGUAUUAGCUUAAGAAAAGUAUUAGUUCCAGCUUGCAUGUCCUUCUUGUUUUUGUUCUGUGGGAUUUCUCAGUGUCCCUGACCCUCAGUGCCUUCUCCAGUUGGAGGUUGGGUUGGGAUGUGGGAAAAUGUCUGCCACAUCCCUGCCCUGGGUAAGUUUUGAGACCCUAAAGUAGGAGAAGGGGAUGAGAUGGCAGAGGACUCUGGUUCCUUGCAAGAGCUGAAAGUGAUCGCUUGUAUGGUCUUGAUCCUUUGUGAGCGUUCACUUAGAACACUUGCAAAGAAUUGAUCUCUUUUGGGGAGAAAAGUUGGGUAUACAGGCAUUUCUAAUUGCAAUUUAACUAAAUCAUUUUUACCAAGGAUGCAAAGGCAAUUUGGAUGUCAUUUGCAAAAUAUUUUAAGCAGCUAGAAUGUGCAGAGUACAUUUAAGAAUAUUUAAGUUGGUUUUGCACCACAAAGGUGGCAAAACUGUGACUUGAGCUGAGACUUUGGAAUCAUGAUUUGUGUGUAGUAGUAUGUUCAGUGAAAAAUGUGUGUGGUUGAUUUUAACUCAGACUGCCGUGUCUACAUAACAAGUAUUGAAUCAAAAUGCUUCUGUAGAUCUAUUACAGUUGUCUUUGUGUUGCCUAGAGUAUGUGGGCUGUAUCCAAUGAAGUCAUUGACUUUAAAGGAUCAUCCCUGUUCAUGCAGUAGAAUUUCCCCUGCCUUGCCUUUCCCCAUGUGCUCCUGUGCACCCCACAUACCUUUUCUGGGUUUCUUCCCAAUCCUCCAGAGCAGAUUGUAGGGAGGAGAGGGAGGACUUUUCAACUUUAUAGCAUUAAAAAUAGUAUUCAAAAUAACUUUGAAAACAUUACAAGGCUUUUCAGCUUUACAGCACUAAAAAUAAUAGUCAUGGCUAUUUUGAAAAUUUUUUAGGAAAGGCACUACAUUAUAAAUGCUGAAAUCUAAAGAAUUGUCCAUGCAGCAUUCUGUGCACAUGCUGUGACUUUUGUGUGUGUUCCCAACUCCUCUUCUUACCAUAAUCUCUCAUCACUGCCCUGCCUCCGAAAAAGCUACUCCUGGAGGUCAUGGAGAGCUGGAGUGGCAGUGAGGUUCUGUAGCUAAAAUGAGAAUCACACAGUGUGGUUGCUUACAGGCACCCUGGAGUUUUAUUUUAAAUUACAUUUUUGUGCAUGUGUUAUUUUUGUGAAAUUAUAAUACAUUACACAUUUUAUUCCAGUUGCUUUGUCAAAAUAAAGCAUGUCCAGCAGCUUCUGAGGCACAUAAAUAUAAAAUCACAUUGGUUGAUUCUUGGUAUCAAAACAAACAUUCGUCCAUGCAAAUUCUUUCCUAUCAGAACAAAACAUAAACAACAUAUCUCAAGAGAAGCAAUUGUGACCAUAUAAUCUUUCUCAAGGGAGAACUGACUAGAACUUCUGUGUGUUACCCUGCACAUUUAUAUGAACAAGGUAAAAGAAAGACCCAGAGAUGCAAAUAUUUUUCAUGGAACUUUCCCCCCAAUGUUGAUACCAAACUUCUGUGUUUAAAGUCUCAAAAUGCAUUAAUUAUGAGAGAUCAAGGGUAAAUCAGGCUUUUAAGAUUCCUCCUUACAGCAUCUUCACAGUACUGAUUGGAGCUGCAUAAAUUAUUGACUCCAACUAUAUUACCAGAUAAGAUCUAUAUUAAAAACUAAGCUAAAUUGUCAAAGGUAAGUUUAAAUUGGCUGACUAAAAUGUGCCCUUAUUAAAUGGGCAGCACAUGUAAAAAUAAUAAUUAUAUAUAAGUACUUUUUUAAAAAAACCACCUACACAUGGCAGGCACCAUCUUAGAAAAAGCAUUCAUUUUCUUUGUUUAACAUAAAAAGAAUUACUGUAAUAUUCUAAGACAUUAUCUUCUAUGACAUGCACAUGUAUCAUCAAAUGACCUUUUUUUCUCUUCAAAACUAUUUGUUGUCUUAGACAAAUUUAAUUAAUUUAAAAUCGCAUGCUGUUAAUUUCCUUUUAAUUGGGUGGAGGCCCUAUUGAGAACCUGUAGGCAAGGGUCAAAAUAUAUAUAAAUCCCUGCUCCUUUUGCACACAGGAACUUUUAAGCUUUCCACUCCAUUAAGUGUCAGCCUCCACCCAGAAAAUCCCAUCCAAAGGCUGAAGAUCCUUUGGAGCAGAAUCUCACGAGGGACUGUUGUCAACGGAGAUACUGCCUUUCCCCCUGCACAUGAAAGGAAGCUCUUUCCACUCACACAUGUAGAUAGUGUGUUUGGAUCUCACCAUAGUGUUUGCUGAAAAUUAAAUGGAAGAUGGAGCCAUUAUGUGGGCUUAUUCUCCAUCUAAUAGCUGGGUUGGCAAUAGUUGAUUGUUGUCUGGAUAGUGAUCCUGGGUGUGUCUUUGUCAUGCAGGUGCUUUUCUAAAGCUGAUUUGUUUAUCAGUUGUACAUUUUAGAAGCUAUAUAGUCAACAUUUUGAAUGCUUUUAAAAAAUUAAGUUCAUUCUGAAAACUUCCACAAAUAAAGUUGAUAGGUAUUCAGUUUGAAAUGCUGAAAUAGGCCUAUAAGCCAGUACAAUUGUGGGCUGGGCAUGCAGCAAAACAGACUUCGAGAGCCAGUGUGGUGUAGUGUUUAAGAGCGGUAGUCUCGUAAUCUGGGGAACCGGGUUCGCGUCUCCGCUCCUCCACAUGCAGCUGCUGGGUGACCUUGGGCUAGUCACACUUCUUUGAAGUCUUUCAGCCCCACUCACCUCACAGAGUGUUUGUUGUGGGGGAGGAAGGGAAAGGAGAAUGUUAGCCGCUUUGAGGCUCCUUAAAGGGAGUGAAAGGCAGGAUAUCAAAUCCAAACUCUUCUUCUUCUUCUUCUUAACAACCGUAGCUCAGGAGUCAGUUGGUUCCCUUUUCUCCACAGGUUGAUCUUUCGUCUCUGUUGUAUUAUCUGAUCUAACAAAGUUUUUGGUAUUGUUCAUUGUGAAGAAUAAACAAAUUAUAUGUUUACUUAUAUCAUCCUUUUUUGAAAUCUUUUGAAUUGGUUUACUGCCCUUCUCACCAUUGCCCACUAUAUCCUGAAGAGGAUUUAGAUCAUUGUAGCGUUUCUUUUGUAACUGGUGUGCAUUACUGGUGUGUCCUCAGCUACCUCAAAUCUAAUCUACUGAAGAUAGGGAUAUGCACCUAAAACAAUUCUUUGCAUUCCUAAAGUUACCAUCCUGAAUGUAGUUCCUCAUUUGAUCUGACUGUAGUCACUGGACACAUGUGAGAGAUUUGCCUACGUGUACAGAUAUCUAUUCCAAACUAAUAUGUGACAGUUGGCACCUAUAUGCAACCACUUCCAUAUUUAACAAGCAAUCCUGGCAUCUAGCAAGAUUGCCAGAUUGCAGCCUGGAGACUCUUCUGUCUCUUUACAGUCUUGCAGUCAUGCAGGAGGAUGCAGCUGUGGCAUUAAAAACCAGCAUUUAGACCACUUUACCGCUAAAACAAUAAUUACCUCCCUCCCUCAACCUGUCAAGCCUCCCAUGUGCUGUUGGAAGAUGUUGCUUGAAGACCUCACAGCUUCCAAGUUGAAACGAAGGCUGGCUGCUCUUCACACUUGCUAGAGGGCAGCACCACAUUUUUUGAAAAACUAGGUAGAAUCAAACAUUUCUUGAUCUUAAGAGGGAUUGUUUUCUCUGUAUUGAGAGCAUGUGAGACUUCUGCCAAGAUGUUAACAUUUUCCUAAUCUAAUAGUAACAGGAAAGUAAAGCCUGCUUCUUUCCAUAUGUCACUCACUACUGCCUUCAUUGGUGAGUGACCCCUCUCUUUUCCCCUCAAAAAGAGCAUUCAGAUUUGUGAUGUAACCACUGUUUACAUGGAGUAUUUUCAUCAAGGCGUCAGUGAAUUGGCAAAUUUAGCCUCCAUAUCUUUUUCCAAGCACUAUGUCCUAUAAAAGAAACUGGAUUUGACAGUGUGAUCUUUUUACCUAGGCUUUGUCAAGGCUCUUUGUCUCACCACAUUGAAUUUUGUACUCCAUGUGUUUCAACUGAGCAGUUUCUUGUCCUACUUGUGUAGUUCUAAAUUUUGAGAUGCCACAUCCUUGUUUAAGGCUUGUCCAUCCAUUUUCAUAUAUACUGUUGUAGACACAAGUAAAGCACUAGACUCUGAAGAACAGUUUUCUAAAAAUGUUUACAUGUAAGUUCAAUUCCUUUAGAGAAACAUCACAUUCAUAAAAUAGCGGUUAAUGUUAUCUUUAUGAAAGAGAUCCCAGUGAUCCCUUCCCCCAUAACUACUAAAGUUCACAAUGCUGAGAGACUUAUAAGGGUUAUUGUGGAAAUGAUUGAGGUUCUUAAUUGCAUGAUUUAUUUUGUAACCAGGGGUGUUUGAUAUUUUUAAUUUGUGGGUGGAUAUACUCUGUAAUGGAUAUACUCUUCCUAUUCUACAGUGCUGCAAAUUCCUGCCCAUCUAGCCCUCGUGGUGCAGGUUCUUCAGGGUACAAAAUGGGCCGUGUAAUACCAUCUGACCUACAUCUAGUGGCUGACAAUUCACAGUCAGAAAAUGACAAAGAAGCAUCUGGUGGAGAUAGCCCAAAGGUAAGUUUGAUUGGAAUCAAUAUUGUAACAUUGAUUCUUGAGUUCUGUGUUACACUAAUGGAAAUGUAUUGGUUGGAAAAAGCAAAAGUAGCAAUAAUAACUAUAUGUGGUUUAGUAGUUUGAAAUAGAAAACAACAUGUAUCCUGUAUAUCUGUGCUGUAUUUAGUUUGGAUGCUACAGAAUGCUGUGAAAGUAUCAUAAAGCUAGAAGAUUAUACUUUCACAAUUUUCUUUUUUGUUGUCAAGUGAUUUUCUAAAAUAUCUUUCAAAUUAUAUCCAUUCUGUGUGUUGGAAUAUUGAAAAUGCUAAAGCCUAUAAAAGUUAGUUUCAAAAAGGAAAGGCAUCAAAUAUGCAACCACAGAGUCAAAGGCAAUGUAGGCAAUGUAGUCCAACUCUCUGCUUGAUGCAAGAAAUCCAGAGCUAGAACAUCCUCAACAGAUGGCUGUCUAGCUUUUGCUUGGAGACCUUCAGUGAAGAAAAGCCCACUACCCCUCCUAGAUCUGCCCACUUGGAGCAAUAGAGAGCAAGUCAUUGUCCUCUUCUGUGUGACAGCCAUUCAGGUAUCUGAAUGAGUGCUAUCUUGUUACCCCUCAGUCCUCUCUUUUCCAGUCUAAUCAUGCCAAGUUCUUUCAACCUUUCUUUAUAAUAAUAGGACUUGUUUUCCAAAGCAGCAGCUGUAUUUGUUGCCUUCCUCUGAACUCAUUCCAAUAUGUCUAUAUAUCAUGGGAAGUCACUGUUCUGAGCACUUCUGUACUGGAUCAUUCAUUCAUUCAUAUUUUGUUCGUUUUAAAAACAUCUCAGUACACCAUAGUAAUGUAGUUUUAAAGUUGUGGGUGCUGUAUUGACAAGCUUGAGUGUGUGCACGCUAAUGGAAUUUUGAUGUCUGGAAACCAUCCUAUGAGGAAUGCUUGAAAGAGCUGGAUCUGUUUAGCCAAGAAAAGAGAAGAUAGCAGUUUUCAAUAUUUGAAGGACCGUCAUGCAGAAGAUGGGGCAGACCUGUUCUCUGUUGCUCUAGAGGGCACUACUAGAGGGCAAACGAUCGAUGGAAACUGCAGGGAAGUAGAAUGCAGUCUGCUAAACAUUGCAGAAACUUUCUACUGGCGAGCACUAUCUGAUCAUGGAAUAUAACUGUCUGAAGAGGGCUUUUAUUUGCAGGAGGUUUUUAAGCAGAGACUUGAUGGUCAGCUGUCAGCUGUGCUAUAAUGUAGUUUUAUCCUACGUUGAGUGGGGGGCUGACUUCCAGUGUAUCUUCCAGUUUUGGUAUUAAUAUGGAUAUGGUGUUCCACUUGAGAUUGAAUAAUAAUAGUGCAGAAUAAUAUGGAAUGAUUACUUUCCAUGACUUGGAAACUAUGGAAACUAUUAAUGUAGCAUAUAUUCACAUUAGCCUUUUUUGUAUCACACUGUUGACUCAAGUUCCACUUGUGAUCAACAUGAGUCCCAACUCUCAAACACAUAAUAUCUCCCAAUGCAAAUCUAUUCCAGAAUUGUCUGAUAUUUUCAAGCUUUAUUGUAAUACACAACUGAUGUAUUUCUUACGUUACUGAAUGGAUAAGAUGCUGUAGAAAACUUUACUGUAUUCAUUUUCAUCUUCUUUUAUAGGAUGACUCAAAGCCACCUUAUUCCUAUGCACAACUAAUAGUACAAGCAAUUACGAUGGCACCUGAUAAGCAACUUACACUAAAUGGAAUUUAUACGCACAUAACUAAAAACUAUCCUUACUACAGGACAGCAGACAAGGGCUGGCAGGUAAACAUAACUAGUAUUGUUUUAAGUAAAAUAAACAGAAAACAACUUAGUUUAGUUACUACUUCAGACACGGACUUCACAGCCCCCCUCCUGCCCUGGUUAUAUGUUUAACUUUGUGAAAUAGGUUUUUGGAGCUUUGAAAAUGAUUAGCUGUUUCAGUAACCUAAAAUGGUACACUGGUUCUUUCAGUAAAACUAACCAUUUUCCCAUGACCCUUUUCCACAUAGAAAGGUUAGUAAGGGAUGUAUCUGUAGUAAUGAAUGAGGGUUUUUCAAAAUUGUAAUUGAGAAAUGAGAAAUCCCUAAAUGUCUGGUAGAUGAAUGUUAUGUAUGUAUGUAUGUAUGUAUUUAUUUAUUUCAUAAAAUUUAUACAUUGCUUGAUUGUAAAAAACCUCAAAGCGGUUUAAGUAGGAGUCACAAAUUCUGUGCCAGCUUCUCCAAAUGCUAUUUCCAGAAACCCCCAAACUGGAUUACUUAUCCUCUUCAUCUAAUAAAACCAACUUGAACAUGUGCUUUAGUUUUUAUAAUGUAGUCUGUAGGCAGCUAUUGUUAGGUUGCAGAACUUGGGAUAUUCCAGUAUAGCCUGGAGAGACACAGGGGAUGGGAGAGGAAAAGAGGCAGGAAUUUUUAAGGAGGAGGAAAAAAGAGGACAUGGAAUGGGAGAGAAACAGUGAAGUUUGAGGAGAAUUCUUUAUUACCAAAAUCCUUGGCCAUCCUCGUGUAUUUGUUCAUGCCUCAACAGCAUAUGUUGCCAGAAUAUUUCCAAGCUUUUUAAAAGGAAAAUUCAUGUUUUGGUUAUUAAGAAACUAGAAGGCAUUGUUCAGUACAUCCUAGGAGUGUAAUGUGAAGAGCUUGCAAGAUCAAGUCAGGGAAGAAGGCCACCAGAAUGUCAAAUGACUUUUCAGCAUGUAAAAUUUAAAACUGCUGUACUAAGCAAAAUUUGAAGUAUUUCAGGUGACAGAAGGUAAAAAUACAGUUGAAGCACCAGGAAAAGGCAAAACCAUGUGUUAAAGAGGGAGAAACUGCAAGACCUAAAUAUGUGGGGCUAUAUUAGUGAUAGUUCCACCGCUGAAAAAGUUGGUUAUGAUGGAAGGGUGACUGCUGUCAAAUGAAUAUGUGGUGACUGGAGACUGGUUUCACAAGGAGUGGAAACCUUUGCAUUAGGCCAUAUUCCUGCUUGAUGCUGAAGAGAUGGAUGAUUUCUAUAUAUUUUUUAUAUUCCAUAGAAUUCAAUUCGUCACAAUCUCUCUCUGAAUCGUUAUUUCAUCAAAGUACCACGUUCCCAGGAAGAACCAGGCAAAGGCUCCUUCUGGAGGAUAGACCCUGCCUCUGAAAGCAAAUUAAUAGAACAGGCUUUUAGGAAAAGGCGGCCGAGAGGAGUACCUUGCUUUAGAACCCCACUGGGACCUCUCUCUUCUAGGUAAGGAAUCAAAGUUGGGGGUUUAAAAAUACACUUUCAGAGGCUUCACCUUAAGUGUGACUCGUUCUGCUGGGCAUAGGGUAACCGCAGUCCUAAGUGAUCGCAAUGUUGUUAGAGCUAGAUGUAUAACAAUUAUAAAGGACUUUUCCUAAAUAGAGAACGGGUGUUCAUUGUAAUUGACUGCACUAAGGAGCCAUUAAAAUUUCUUCUUGAGGAGACUUGGUGGGUUUUGCUUCAUACUAAGGAUCUGUUGCCAUUUUGGGGGCUUGAAAUCCCCCCCCUCCAAAGUUUAGGCCGGCUAGUAAUGUUGUUCCUUCUCAGUUGUAGCCCUUUCGAGUGCAUUGCAGUUACCUCAAAACACUAGCUGUGGAGGGCUAGAUUCACACAGUGCAGGUAAUGUAGUGUCACAAGAAUCGACUUUCACACAUUGAAUGUUGUCAGUUUGCAUUAUUAACAUAACACCUGACAAGCUGCCCUCUUGCUCCACAGUUGCUGCUCAGGGAUAAUGCCCAGCAAGGGCACACUCUUCUUUCCCUUCAAUCUGUUCACUCUUCUGUAGUAGCUAGCUAGCAAUCAGCGCUACAUGGCAAGCAGCUCUUUUGAUUGCAUUUUUUUAAAUCAUUGGCUUGCCCCAUGGCUUGAGCCUUCUGGAGAAGUAUCCAUUUACCUUUUGGACCUAACCCACUCUGCUUAAAUCUGGGUGUGUAUAAUACAUUAUAUAAUAUUUUAAAUGGGUGACACCCAGCCGUGCUCCCCCAAUUGUCCAAUGAAUUCUGCUUGUACAAUGGGACUUCUUUCACCCCUCCCCCCAAAAUCUUCCCUUGUUCCACAGGGAUUGUAUUGGUGGCGCAGGGGGCAGAAACUUAAGCACAGAUUUUGAAGGUUUUCCUUAAGAGCUUCAUGUGUUCCAUCAUUUAACUAAAAUUCAUAGUGGCUAGGCAUGCAUUUCCGAAUAGAACAUGAACAGUUAGUAGUUUCCUAAUAGAGAGAAUACUCUGGUGCUGCUUAAACCAAGAUGGAAAUCACAGAAAUAUAAUUUUUUAACAGUUCCAUUCAUUUUUUAGGUAUUGUCUCAAAAAUGAUGUAUCUAAAAAUAUUUAAAGCAGAUCCUGUGUGUUAGAGAAGUAGGGAAAUCCAAGGAGAACGUAUAUGACAGAGUAACAAAGAUCAAGGUAUUUGAGUUAGGGAAUUCCAUAACUUUUGAUCGUCUAGGGUGCCUGUGUGCCUGCCAGUGUCUGCUUUGGUGCCCACACAGGGGCUUCAGCACACUGAACCUCUAAAUUAAGGCAUGCUGAAUAACUCAUUCAUUUUUAUUGACAUUUGUUUCAAUGCCCCCCACAUCCUGCUCCUUGUUCUGUGCUACUAUAGCAACCAUAGUCUGCUUUUGAAUUACCUCUGCAAAAGUCUGCGAAGUCAGGAAUUGGUAGUACUUCUCAGUCAAAGAGCUCCUCCUUGUGGAAAGUAUAUGUAUUAAAUGGUUUUUGAGGCUGACUACUCAUCGUAGCUGUCAAUUCUCAAUCUGAAAGUGGCUGCUUUUGUUCUUCAUUUGCAGAAGUGCCCCAGCUUCCCCUAAUCACUCUGGAGUGUUAUCUGCUCACUCGAGUGGUGUGCAGACCCCAGAGAGCCUGUCAAGGGAAGGGUCACCUGUCCCAAUGGAACCUGAGCCGAGUACUAUCCAGCCAAAAUUAGCAGUAAUACAAGAAGCACGAUUUGCACAGAGUGCCCCAGGUGAAAUAUUCAUAUAGUGUUCAUGUAUUUAAUAUGCAUAUUAAAACUGUACCAAACUAAUGGAAAGUAUAAUGUAGGCUUCACUUCAAAAGCCAAGUUUGUUUGCAGAAAGAAAUUAUGAAUGAAAAUUAAAAAUAUAAGUACUCUAUGCUUUGUGAAGGGCUAAUAGAACCCCCUUUUCCAAAUACUUUUAAGAUUUAUGAGUUGGGGUUGAAUGGAAUUGUCAUGCUGAAAUUAUGACAAUUGAUGGUGCUGGGUGGGGUUGAUGGAAGUUGGGAGUCUAACAACUUCUGGAUUUCCCCAAUGCUGUGUUAGGAGGUCUCCAAAGGGGAAAGCAAACCAAAUUGUUUCAUAGGAGCACAGAGAUUACAUUGGUGACCUCCUGCAAAAUGUGUUCAAGCCACUGAACUACGGAUCUACAACACUUCCAUUUUUUUGUUUUUAUUUUGAAAUGUAGUUAUGUUAACUAUUAGUGUUGCCAGUAGUUGCAACCCUCUCCUUGUGGCACAGCAACGUUGUUUUUUUACUUUUUUACUGCUGAAAACAGUGUCAGUAAUACUGAACUAACUGGAUUUACUCUUAGGAUAGCUGAAGAAACUGUUGAAGGAAGGAGUAGGCUUUUUUAAAAAUUCAAGUAAACAAUAUGUUCAUAGACUUUUGGAAAGCGGAUGAUUUAACUAAUUUCCCCCCCUGCCUUUUUUUGAUAGGAUCACCCUUAUCUAGCCAGCCUGUUUUAAUUACUGUACAGAGGCAGCUACCACAAACUAUGAAACCUGUCACAUACACUGUUGCAACUCCUGUGACAACAUCAACAUCCCAGCAGCCUGUAGUACAGACAGUUCAUGUUGUUCAUCAGAUCCCAGCUGUGUCUGUCACAAAUGUGACUGGAUUAGCACCAGCAAAUACUUUCACUGUAGCUGGACAAGCCGUGGUCACACAGGCAGCGAUGGUGGCCCAACCUAAGGGAGAACCUCAAGAGAAUGGAGACCACAAUGAAACGAAAGGUGAGAAUUUGGUUCCGGUUCCCCUUGGAAGUAAUACAGUCCAAAUAUUUUUUUGUAUUUGUUGCAAGUAGAGAAAACAACUACAUAAUACUGAUUUCUCUUAAGAAGUGCUAAUUUUGAUGCUUUAACCAUGAAUUAUUCAGUGCUUUCAAACUUAUUCUAACAGAUUUUUAUUUUUAUUCCCGCCCCCAGUUAAAGUGGAGCCUAUACCUGCCGUUAGCCAUACAACCAUAGGAGCUGCUAGUCGGAUCAUUCAGACAUCUCAGACGGCACCUUUACAGACGGUUACUCUAGUGCAACAGACACCUCUAGGUCAACACCAGCUACCAAUAAAAACUGUAACUCAGAAUGGAACACAUAUAGUACCCAUCACCACAGCAAUUCAAGGUCAGGCCAACACUGGUAAGCAUUUGGAGUGGUGUCUUUAGUGUCACAAAUUUUCUUUUGUCACAGGGAUGUCCAGUAUCUGUGGAUUCUUGAUUCUCAAAAUUGUUACAGAUUUGUGCUUAAUUCUUUAGCUUAUUUUGAGGUAACUACUACCUUGGAAAAUUAAGGGGUUUUUUGUUUGUUUUUUAGUCUACAUCCUUUCCCUUUCACGUUAAGUUAGGAACUGAUCUGUGAUACAAAGACCUGUGUAACUGUGCUGUGCAUUAGUAUUUCUGGAGGAAUGGCUCCCCAUCCCAGAUAGAAGAGAAGAAGAGUUUGGAUUUGAUAUCCCGCUUUAUCACUACCUGAAGGAGUCUCAAAGCGGCUAACAUUCUCCUUUCCCUUCCUCCCCCACAACAAACACUCUGUGAGGUGAAUGAGGCUGAGAGACUUCAGAGAAGUGUGACUAGCCCAAGGUCACCCAGCAGCUGCAUGUGGAGGAGCGGAGACGCGAACCCGGUUCCCCAGAUUACGUGACUACCGCUCUUAACCACUACACCACACUGGCUCUCAGAUAGCAGUCUGCUUUUAAAAUCAAAAGGAUGUUUCUGUUGAAAGUUAGGGAAUUGUUCUGUGGGAGAGUCGGGAACCACCACUAGUUAUGCUCAAGGCUUUGGGCAUGUCUAAAGUAACUCUUUUGAUCCCCUCAUUGGUUUGAUUCAUGGUUUAAUUAAGCUUUAGAUACUCAAUUAUCUUGGUGUUGUUUUAUUUCUUUCUCCCCCCCCACAUGCUGCCCUGAACCUUGAAAAUGCAGUUCUUUACAAUGUAUUAUAGUUACUUACUCAUGCUUUUUUCUUGGUCGUUUCACAAUCCUUUGGGACCAUCUGCUCCCGGUAGAAUAUAGACUGCUAUCCUAUUCACACUUUCUGGCAGUAAGUUCCCUUUAUCACAAUAAUGUUUUUCUUCCUCUUUAGCCAUGAGGUCAGCCACUGCAGAUAUUUUCACCCAUGCAAGAACAUCCUAGGGUCGUUCUCGAAUGUGUGCCGCAUCAAGCUUUCAUGUAAUACUAAAGCCAUUCGUGGAAUUGGGCUUCCUCUUGCCUUGCCUGCGUUUAAUGUAUCUCCAUUCUUUUAUUUUCAGCUGCUGCAAGUCCCCUACACAUGUUAGCAACCCAUGCAUCUGCAUCAGCUUCUCUUCCAACAAAACGUCAGAACGGAGACCAGUCUGAUCAGCAAGAGUUGAAACGUAUCAAAACGGAGGAUGGAGAGAGCAUAGUCAUAGCUGUGAAUGUGGAAACUCCACCUGUGGCAGUGAGUGAACAAGGCAGCCAGAACUAGGAACUUAAGAGGAAUAUUUCUUUUUAGAAUGAUGCUCCGUGGUGCCAAAAGGAGACAUUGAAACACCUAAACUAUUGAACAUGUUCUCACAUGGUGGGGAAAGGGGCCCUGUGACUUCAACUUUCAGCACUGAGAAAAAAAAACACAGGUGGCCUUAGAACUCCUUAAUUUAAAAAUCGAAACCAAACUGUCCAACAUCUUGUUCCAGAGGCUGUGACCCCUUUCCCCCCACUCCUCCUUGCCGUUCUGAAGUGACUCUUUAUAGAUAAGGAGAGAUACAAAAGUUGGAAGUCUGCAACUUUAAAAAGCUCUAUUGGAUUGAUUACUUUAAGGAUUGAGUAUCUCAGUAUAUCACAGCAUGAUAAGUACUUCAUGUGACUGGAUUUCAAACGAUUGUAUAUUCCUCAAAGGGAACAGAGGCAAGGAGCCAUUUCCUACAUCUUGGCAGCUAGCCUUUCAUAAUGACCUACCCAAUGCAGUUGUUGGUAGAUAUGCAGUAUUUUGUUGUUCACAUGUGGAAUUAGAAAUUUUUGAUGUGUACUUUCAUUUUAUUUUCAAAAUAAUGGGGUCUUUGACAUUUCAAAUCACUCCAUUUCUACUCCAGAAACUUUGGAAUCACACAGUACUUUUCAUGUGAAAUUUUGUUUGGUAAAACUGAAUGUAGGGUUUUUUAACCAAUGGAAUGAUUUAAUUUUGUCCUGUUAAAGUUCAGAUAAAGCUACUUUGUUACAUCUGCAAAUUUUCAUAUUUUAGCAGUUGCCUGAUAAAAUUUAAUCAGAUUUUAUUACCUUGUGUAGUGAUCAAAUGCUUCUUUGGGCUUGCAUGUUACUGAUUAGAAAUACAGUGUAAAUGAGCCGUUAACUGACGUUAAAGAACUGCUAUGAUGAAUUUGACCAGAGCUGCACUUAUCUGUUUCUCUUUCUUGCUACCUUUUGCUGUUUGUUACUUUGUGUUGACUUUGAUUGUCCCUGGCUUAUUUUUCCAGUCUAAAGUAAAACAAGAGUCUCGCUUAAUAUUGUGUAUGUUUAAAAUGGCAGACUGUUCUUCAUUUAGAAAAGAGAAAAUUCUUUAUCACAAGUCCUUUUAAAAAGAGAAAAAAAACUUGUCCAGAGGUAUAUCCAAUAUUUUUCAGCAUAAGCGCCCACCGGUAGAAAUUAAUCUGAUGAGUUUAUCUUUAACUUUUGAUGUCCUGCACAGACCUUCUGGGGUCUGCAUUAAGAGUAGCUGUUGAGGUUUUCUAACAGUGGCUACCAUACUAUAAUAAAUGUGGUUUUUUUUAAAGUGUGUGUUCUGCAGUUGAACAUUUUAAAGGAUACUUCUCAGAGUUGUGAUUGUAGAAUCCACCUUACAUUUCAGAACUGAACUAAAAGCUAAGACUGUUUUUUGUCUUUCAUUCACAUGCUGUCUUGUCCCUUCAUAUUAAGGUGAGUUAAAGGUAAAGACUGGCUUGAACCUUUGAUUUGCCCUUUUUUGGCAAUACCAUUAUUUAUAUAUAUUUUUUCAUUUUGAGAAGAAUCUGUAUUUUCAUGAUGGACUGAAAUGGCUUGGAAUGGCUUAUAUUUAGUCAGUUUUUGAAAACUGUUUAUCUGAAGACCAAAUAUGAGAAAUCUGUACCAAGUAUCAUGUUAACCCACACAGUAGAGCUGUCACAGUGUCGAUCUGGAUAAUACAUAUUAAAAGAUUAUGAAAAAAUGCUGUACACUAGCUGGAUUUAUAACAGCCACUAUAAGCUGGGUAAAGCAAAAGAAUUUAUGUAACUGCAGCAUUCUACUUUUUGUGCUGUGGUCACUUAAUUUAGAAAUAAUUAAACUGAAUUAUUGGCAAAACAUUUGGUUAUAAACCUACUAUUUCAUGAGUAUUAGGCAAACUGCUGCAAGUUUUUGAAUAAAAAAAUCUGGUGAAAUUCUUAAGUCAGUCAAAAUUUAUUCACACUUGGAAGUUUUCUUAUGCACCCAAUAUAGUCAGUGUAGGACACAGAAUCUUGGAGCAAGAUUUACAUUGCCGUCCUAUGCACAUCUGUCAGAAUGCCAUGGUUCCAGGUAAGGGCGCAUAGAAUGAUAGCCUUCAAUAUAAGAAUCUUUGAACUUACCUGCUGUUGAUCUACCCCUUCUUCCAUGGGCAGGGUACUCUAGAAACGCUUGCAUUUCCAUUCCAUAAACUUGGUUAAGUAAUGCUAUGCUAUUUGAGCACUGGGGAAAGCUUAGAUAUAACUUAAAAGUGUCAAAAUGCCAAUUGCCAGGGCUGAGACAAGUGAAACAGGAGGGCAUGAGUAGGAUAGGCAUCGGAAAUAAUAACAUAAAAUAUUACCAAAUACAGAAAUUCUUCCUUACCCUGUCUGCCAGUGGUAUCUUAUCUUUGCUUGUCUUACUCACUUUCCCUUAUUAUAUGUAAUACGUGAAGCUUUUACUUCAGUCGCCUUUGUAAACAAGUAAUUGCACAAAAAUACUAGGAUUUCAUGGAAGUGUAUAUUACGGCUCUCUGACAUUGCAGCUGUCUCCUUGUGAGACUGCUACUUGAGACCGGUGCUGAUGUCGUUUGCAGAAGAAAAUUUCAUGCAAGUCCAUUUUAGGUUUCUGAAGACACUUGGACCAAGUGGGCAAUUGCCUGGAUGAAAUAGCUAAUACAAAAUCAGACUAUCCCCCCCCCCCCGAGCAAUUUGAGUCACAUGAGCAAAUGCCUGCUAGUUAUAUCAACAUCUGAGUUUAUAUAUUUCCCCAAUGGUGUUGCACAGAAAAGGAGCUCUGGGUCAUUUCUGAACAGCAUGGCAGUCUCUUACCAUAUCGAUGUUGUAGUUAGCCGAUGUACCUACUAGUGUUUGGAUUAUACUACCAUUACUACAGUUGCUAAAAGUUGUUUCUGCACUGAACAGUGCUUAUUUUUCAUCAGAAUUUGACUUUCCUUUAUGCAUGAAUUAUUGUGAUUUUAGCUAGUGUUUUCCAUGGCCAAGGCUCAGGUGCAGAGAAAUGGCAUAUGCAUUUAACUGUUAAUAGCUGUUCUGGGUUGUACUUGUGUUUGUAAGUAUAGUGGUACCUCAGGUUACAUAUGCUUCAGGUUACAGACUCUGCUAACCUAGAAAUAGUACCUCGGGUUAAGAACUUUGCUUCAGGAUGAGAACAGAAAUCGUGCUCCGGCGGCGCGGCAGCAGCAGGAGACCCCAUUAGCUAAAGUGGUGCUUCAGGUUAAGAACAGUUUCAGGUUGAGAACAGACCUCCGGAACAAAUUAAGUACUUAACCUAAGGUAGCACCGUAGACUAAUAGGCAUUUAUUUCAAAACCAGUCAGAUAAGCCCCUAAUGUAGAGGAAGGUCCAUCCAAUCUUGUUUCAUGUGCUGUGGGAGGAGACCUCUCAACUCAUUUUAACAGUGACAGGAGAAGGUUAAUCUGUCAAGUGGGAAUAUGGCAUUGGUGAGAAAGGAGGCAUGCAUGCACACAAAUGUUACAUUUAAGUUUCUUUUCCUGAACAUUCAUAGGAUGGUGGAGCAAUAGUGUAUUACAUUAUAAGCUUUCAAACAAGUCUACUUUGGUAGAUAAUAUUAUCCUAGGGUUGGCAGAGGUAGGCAUGUGUGUGUGUAUCCUUAUAGACAAUAUGCAAUAUGCAUAACAGUGAGGAUCAUGGAAGAUGAAAUACAGAAGACUGAGCAUUUUUAAGUCGUAAAUGUGUGUGAAGUAAAUGCUGUUACAAUUGACAAACUAGUGUUAAUAAUAACUACUGGGAUUUUUUAAAAAUGUUACCUUACG